UUCCAGCGCAGAGGGGACCACUCAGACGGCGCGCUCAGCCCAGAAGAAAGAACUUCAUGAAGCACGACAAGACAGAGGUCACCCCCAGCACAGCCUACCACUAACUCCAAGGACAGCCACACAGUACCUACCUGCACUGAUUGGCAGCUGCUAGCAAGAGGACUUGGCUCUGAGAACUGUGAGCACUGAAAAUGGAAAGAUUCCUGGGUUUUACCCAUAACCACUGUUUUGUCAUGCUGUUCUUCAUCUCCCUGAGCCCGCUGGGCUUUGCUCAGUACGAACACUGGCCCUACCUCCCCGGUUACCCUGAGCCACCUCCACAAGUGUACCAGCCCCCCCAGAGACCAGCAAAUAUUCCCAAGAUCCAGCUGCGGCUUGCAGGGCAGAAGAGAAAACACAACGAAGGCAGAGUGGAGGUGUUUUACAGCGGCGAGUGGGGCACGGUGUGCGACGAUGACUUCUCCAUCCAUGCUGCGCACGUGGUCUGCAGGGAGCUGGGCUACGUGGAGGCAGUGUCUUGGCUACCGAGCUCGAAGUAUGGAAAAGGAGAAGGGAAAAUUUGGAUGGACAAUGUCCACUGUAAUGGCAAGGAGACCACCCUGGCAGCAUGCACUUCAAAUGGCUGGGGAGUAACCGACUGCAAACACACCGAAGACGUGGGAGUGGUCUGCAGUGAAAAGAGAAUCCCUGGCUUCAAGUUUGACAACUCAUUGCUUAACCAAAUAGAGAACAUGAACAUCCAGGUGGAGGACAUAAGGAUCCGUGCCAUCCUCGCCACCUACCGCAAGCGGGUGCCUGUCACGGAGGGUUAUGUGGAGGUGAAAGACGAAGGGACUUGGAAGCAGAUCUGCGACAAGCACUGGACCAUGAAAAAUUCCCGAGUUGUCUGUGGCAUGUUUGGAUUUCCGAGCGAGAGGAAAUACAACACCAACGUCUACAAGAUGUUUGCCAGCAGAAGGAAGCAGCAUUACUGGGCGUACUCAAUGGACUGCAGUGGGAACGAGGCUCAUAUCUCCAGCUGCAAACUGGGCAAUCACCUCAAUGUGAAUGCAGAGAAGAACAUGACCUGUGAGAAUGGGAUGCCUGCAGUAGUCAGCUGUGUCCCCGGACGUGCCUUUGCCCCCAGCAGCCACAGUGGCUUCCGAAAAGCCUUCAGGCAGGAGCAACCACUGGUGAGGCUGAAAGGGGGAGCCAACACUGGCGAAGGCCGAGUUGAAGUGCUGAAAAACGGGGAGUGGGGAACAGUUUGCGACGAUAACUGGAACCUGGUGUCAGCCAGCGUGGUGUGCCGAGAGCUGGGCUUCGGGAGCGCCAAGGAGGCAAUAACGGGCGCAAGGCUUGGGCAAGGCAUGGGUCCAAUUCAUCUAAACGAAAUUGACUGUACGGGCUUUGAAAAAUCAGUCACGGACUGCAAGUUCAACAUGGAGUCGCAGGGCUGUAACCAUGAAGAAGAUGCUGCUGUGAGAUGCAACGUUCCAGCCAUGGGUUUCCAGAAUCAGCUGCGUCUCAGCGGCGGCCGCAACCCUUACGAGGGCCGGGUGGAGGUCCUGGCAGAGCGCAACGGCACUCUGAAGUGGGGCACCGUCUGCAGCGAGAACUGGAGCACCGUAGAGGCCAUGGUGGUGUGUUGGCAGCUGGGCCUGGGGUUCGCCAGCCAUGCCUUCCAGGAAACCUGGUACUGGCAUGGAGACAUCAGCGCUGACAACGUAGUCAUGAGCGGUGUCAAGUGUUCGGGGACAGAGAUGUCCCUGGCCCACUGUCGUCACGAUGGAGCCGAUGUCUCCUGUCCCAGAGGAGGUGGGCGUUUUGGUGCUGGUGUGUCCUGCUCAGAGACUGCCCCUGACCUGGUGCUCAACGCCGAGCUGGUGGAGCAGACGGCCUACCUGGAGGACCGCCCAAUGUUCAUGCUGCAGUGCGCGCUCGAGGAGAACUGCCUGGCCAGCUCGGCCGUCAACACCUCCGUCACUUCUGGGUACCGGCGCCUGCUGCGCUUCUCCUCCCAGAUCCACAACAACGGGCAGUCCGACUUCCGCCCCAAGAACGGCCGCCACGCCUGGGUCUGGCACGACUGUCACCGGCACUACCACAGCAUGGAGGUUUUUACCCACUAUGAUCUAUUGAACCUCAAUGGAACCAAGGUGGCUGAAGGACACAAAGCCAGCUUCUGCCUGGAAGACACCGAAUGCGAAGCAGACGUGCAAAAACAGUACGAAUGCGCCAAUUUUGGUGAACAAGGAAUCACAGUUGGAUGCUGGGACGUGUACCGUCAUGACAUCGACUGCCAGUGGAUCGAUAUUACUGAUGUCCCACCAGGCGAUUACCUCUUCCAGGUUGUCAUCAACCCGAACUAUGAAGUUGCUGAGUCUGAUUAUUCAAAUAACGUGAUGAAAUGCAGGAGCCGGUACGAUGGGCAGCGCAUCUGGAUGUACAACUGCCACAUAGGUGGCUCUUUCAGUGAGGAAACGGAACAGAAGUUUGAGCACUUCAGCGGACUCACAAAUAACAAGGUGUCCACCCGAUAGAACAGCAUCGCCUCCCACCCCACUAUUUAAAGAAGCGAGGUUUCCUGCUUCGGCGACUUCCCUAACCACUGCACAAAAAAGAAAAUCAAGCAAACAAUCAAACUCUAAAUUAGCAAGGUAAAUUAUUUUCUAAAGAUGCCUUCCUUCCCAGUUUAGGUGCUCAGACCACCAUGCGUCUCCUGUAACUCCAGUCCCUACUACUGAGGUAGUUAGGAGCAGGCUUUUAAACUCUACUUGGCUCCUUAUCUUCACCAUUCCAGCCUUCUCCAGAGAUUUCUCCCUCCACUUUGCAGCACCAUCUUUACUCGCAGACGUAGGUCCAGGCUGCAGCAGGCACAGUUUGCCUUUGUUUGGGUACCAACAACCUAAGUGUGGCUUUACCGUUCAUUUUCUUUAAGGCAUUAAUCUUGGUAUCUUUAAGCUCUUUGACUCAAGCUUGAACGCACCAUUGAUGCAAAUGCCUCCAUUUGUGACGCUGCUUCUUGAACACAGCUAACCCUCAGUACCGCCAUGUCAUUACUCCAUUUUAGCAAAGAAAUACAGGAAAGGAAAAAAAAAAAAGGAGCGGCUUUUUCUGAGCAGAACAGUGUAAAGCAUAAUUUAAUACUGCAGUGAAACUCUUGUAUUCAACAAUCAACUCCCAACACAAUCUCUUAAGCGGAGCAGCUAAUGCAGAACUGUCUUCUACAAGUGCAUCAGGGCUCCAUGAAGCUACACCUCCCUUGUGACAUCUAGAAGACUUUGCAGAUCUCCUGAUGAUGAGUCCGCUGGACUGUGAAUUUCCAUGACACAGUAAGCUAGUCACCCAAUAGAUUCUACGUACAUCUAAAUACUACCUUCUAAGCUGGAUGUUCGCUCUGUCUUUUCUUUAAAGGAUGAAUUUAGUUAAGGCAUUGUAUCAUCACUGUACCUUACAGAGGUAAGGUCGUGGCGUUCAUCAUCAGGGAUCUGGACCUGUGCUGUCACAGACCCACCUGUGUAAGUUGUCUUCAAAAGGAUUUUUACACUUGGUAAAUUCAUAAUGGUGCUAAGUGCGUUCCUCUGUUUGUUUGAGGACGCACAUUGCUACAGAUUUGCAGACACAGCUACUUGAAUAAAAACGUUUUACCCAGAAAAAUGUUUUAUAUGCCAUUUGUGUAUUUCUACUCCAUGAAAGUUUAGGGCCUUGUUCACAAUUCCUGGUACUGAAGUGUUUUCUCCCUCUGUGUUUGUACGGAAGACUUCUACAAGCAGCUAAAGUUAACUGAAUACUUACAGCUGACCGUUUCAAUCCACAGGGGGGUUGAAACUGGCUGCAUCUAACUUGUGCUCUCCGUAACCUACCUCACAGGGAUGUUGUGAGGCUUAAAGAAUGCGGAAGUCUUUUGCUAAUUAACGCCUGUCAGAGGAUUUCUGUCAUUUAUCCAGUGGCCCAGAUGGUGGCAUCUAGCAAAGGUUUUUAGCCUACUGUACGUUGGAAAACUCUCGUUUGUUCUCAAGAUGCCGGACUGCGUAGCAAAAGCAGAGUCUGAGAUGUGUUGGAUGUUCGAUUGCUGGGGCCACAACAAGGUGCCUUGCAGCAUCUCUUAACACCAGGGUCUGGGCAAAUCAGAACUGGCACCUUCUGGCUUUCCUAAUCAGUGUAUGACAACUUCCCUUGCUAACAGUGCAACAAAGCAAGUCAGUUAAACACUAUGUAAAUAAGGAAAAAC